CUUGGAACGUUAAGCUGCUUACAACUAUUUACCCAUUUCUACAGCAGAGCAAUUAUUCCUAGAGCAAUUAUAGGUUCAGUGUUCUGUCCAAAAAAGACUACGGCCAGAGGUGGGAUUCGAACCUGGGUGUGUCAAGAGGAAAGCUUUAACCACGACGCAACACCCUGUUGCAAACUCCUUCUCAUCUGAGAACAUUGUUCCAGGCACCCACAUCUGCGGUGUUGUGAAGUGGAGCUUCGCAGAGACCGGCUGGUGCUGUGUGACUCCUUGAAAUGGCUUUGGAUCAAGACGAAACACUGAAAGGCAGACUAAAUGACCUGGAGUGCCACUUUACGUGGGAUCUUAGGAAAAAUUACACUGUCCUCAGUGAUCUUCAAAACAGGAUUGACUAUGAAAUGAAGAAGCUACUCUUGAAGCAAAAAGGAAUCAGUAACUUCCUUACCUUUUUGGCUUUUACAAAGUAUCAGGAAGGCUUGCUUGAGGAAGCGCUGGAGAACUUGCAGAAGGCUGAAGAAGACAUUCGUAAACACAGUGAGGAAGACUGUGAGAAACUGCUCCUUCUCACCUAUGGAGAUCUUGCCUGGUUGUACUACCACAUGAGCGAAAAAACAAAGUCUAUGAGCUAUCUAGAGAAGCUGGAAGACAUUAAGAAGCAAUUCUCAGGAGAAUCGUCCUCUGUCCUCCAGGCAAAAGUCGAUGGGGAGAAGGCAUGGACCUUGCUCAAGUACUCACCUAAAUAUUCUGAGAGAGCUAAGGAAUGUUUCCAGAAAGCUCUGGAGCAAGAUCCAGAUGAGAGUGACUGGAGAGCUGGCUAUGCUAUUGUGCUCUUUCGGACAGAAUUACAGUGCAAAAGCAUUGAAGACUCAGUAGCCACCAAAGAACUGAGACGUGCCUUAGAGGUGAACCCAGGAAAUCCUCUCAUCAUGGCUCUUCUGGCCAUCAAACUUGUUUCUUAUGGGAAACCAACUGAAGGAAAAGAACUGGUAGAAAAGAUCUCAACAGAUGACCCUGAAGUGAAAUCAUAUUUGGCAGAUUUCUAUCAACAGUAUGGCUCUGUGGAAAAGGCUGUGGAUCUCUUGAAAGAGGCAAUCAAAGAAAGACCAAAUAAUGCUGCUCUGCAUAAUAAAAUUUCCAUGUGCUACAAGAAGCAAAGACAGUCUUUGCUCAAGACAAGAGAUGCCUCAGACAGUAGUGCUCAAAGGCUUCUCGCCUGGCAAAUCGAUCACCUGGAGAAGGCCAUCUCACUGAGACCUUCGAAAGUUAAAAUCAUGAUGGAUCUGGCCAAGGCCUAUGGAGAAGCUAAAGCCUUCAGGAAAGCUGAGGAGCUCUUUGAGAAAAUAUUUAAGGUUGCAGAAGAUCUAAAAGACAACUUGCAGGCUGUAUAUUUAUGUUAUGGGGACUUCCAGUUGUAUCAGAAGAAAUGUGAAUCUUCGGCCAUCAAACAGUACAUGAAAGGAUCGAAAAUUCAGAACGAUACACCAGAGAAGUGGAAAUGUACUGAAAAACUGGAGACCAUAGCAAACAGGCGAAAGAGAAGAAAUCACAAAGAUGGUGAAGCCUUUGGCAUUUUGGGAUACGUUCAUCACACAAGAGGCGAUGCACGCCAGGCUAAAGCAUACUAUGAGCAGGCUCUUAAAUUCGAUCGGGGCAACACAGAGUACCUCGCAGCUCUGUGGGACCUUCGGCUUUCUUUAACAUCCGGCGUUCAAGACAAAGGGGAGAAGCAUGAAGCCACGGAGGAGAAGAAGACAGCUCUUUCAAGCGAUCGUGACAACAAGAAAUAACUCUUCCCUUCGUGUCCUGUGCUCUCCAGUGGUUAAAAGUACAUGAACCACCAAUAUAACCAUUUCAUUUAUUCUUCUUUAUGCAGUUUCAGUGUUUAUAGAAUAAUUAUGUCUUUUUUCUAACACAGUAAGCACACAAAAAGUAUCCUGAGUGCAGCUGUUUGCAUUACCUGUUACUUUAUGUAUAGCAUACUAUCAAUGGGUUUAUGGUUUCAUGUAAUGAAAAAAAUAUUAUCUUUUCAGAAAUAUCUACUAACUGCAUUCAUUUACAAAGUGCUGUAAGUAGCUAAUGUCCCAUCCAAAGCGUAGCCUGAAUAGCCUGAUCUUCCAGGAUGGGCUCCAGACCACCACGACCCUGACUUGGACAAGCAGUUUAUGUCGGUGAGUAAAAGGAGUGCGAUCGGUCAUUUCUCUACAUUGACAGGAAUUAGGAGAAAGGGGAGAAAACCAGGGGAAAAGUUGGCAAGAAGAUUCUUUUUUUAAUGUGAUUAUCUACGCUGGAAUGGUGAUUUAAAGUUGUUGAAAAUAAGUUCAUACAUCAUGUGCAUUGCAUGACAGUCAGAAAGUCUUAAAUAUAUCGCUAAAGUGUUUGAGCUGAAAUAACUCAGAAGUGACAAACAUGUUGAAAACGUAUUGUGCUUAUCGUUAUGGUUCAGAGAAACGCUUUUUUAUCUUUCACGUGUUUUUUGCCUUUUGCAUUUUUUUAUCUCAUCCUAUUUUUUUUUGUAUUUGCUUUUUAUUAUAGGCAGAAAACCAUCGCGAAUAGCUAACUAGAGUGAUUUUUACAGCGCUUGUGGCAUUUACCUUCUUAUAGAGUUUACUGUGUGUGAUGUGACAGUACAGCGCCAAAAAUGUACACAUUCCAGUGUUUGUGCUGAGUCUUUCUACAAAGUUCACAUAUGUACUCCCAUGUUAACCGUUUUAAACACGAACCCAACUUUUAAUAAAAUCACCCGUGAAAGCAGA